CGUGACCUGUCUGUGUACCAUAGGCAAAAUUCUUCAUCGACUUCUUUGGUUUAUAGCCACGAGGUUUUUAGCAAUAUUUCAAUUUAUCGGUGGAAUAAUAAACAGAUACUUUAUAUCUGCAGUACAAAAUGCCUCCCAGUAACCCUUUGCCACCAAAAGAAAAUGCUCUAUUUAAACGAAUUUUGAGAUGCUAUGAACAUAAACAAUAUAAAAAUGGGUUGAAAUUCGCGAAGCAAAUAUUGUCGAAUCCAAAAUUUGCGGAGCAUGGAGAAACGUUGGCAAUGAAAGGAUUGACGUUGAAUUGCCUUGGUCGUAAAGAAGAAGCAUACGAUUACGUUCGUCGUGGUUUACGAAACGACCUGAAGUCUCCAGUAUGCUGGCACGUCUAUGGCCUACUACAGCGCUCCGACAAGAAGUACGAUGAGGCUAUCAAAUGUUAUCGUAAUGCACUCAAGUGGGAGAAGGAAAAUAUACAAAUUCUUCGUGAUCUUUCACUGCUUCAGAUUCAAAUGAGAGAUUUGGAAGGAUAUAAGGACACAAGGUACCAGUUAUUUAUGUUGAGACCCACACAGAGAGCAUCAUGGAUUGGUUUCGCUAUGAGUUACCAUCUCCUGGGUGAUUACGAGAUGGCGAAUAGCAUUCUAGAUGCCUUCCGCACUAAUCAGAUGAAGGGACCAUAUGAUUAUGAACACUCGGAAUUAUUAUUAUAUCAAAAUAUGGUGCUGGCUGAAUCGGGACAGUAUGAAAGGGCAUUACAACAUUUACAUAAAUUCCAAAGUCAAAUUCUUGACAAAUUAUCUAUUAAAGAAACAACUGGUGAAUAUUAUUUGAAACUAAGGAGGUUUAUGGAAGCGGAGGCAGUAUAUGAAGAUUUAUUAAAAAGAAAUCCAGAGAAUGUAAUGUAUUAUCAGAAGCUAAUUGAAGCUAAACAGCUUAGUAAAGCUGAAGAUAUUGUGGCCUUCUUUGAUGUAUAUAAAAAAGAGUAUCCAAAAGCAAUAGCACCUCGAAGGUUGCAGCUGAAUGAAGCUCAUGAUAUUUCUGUGUUUGAGAAUCUUGUAGAUCAAUAUUUAAGACGAGGUUUGCACAAAGGUGUACCUCCUCUUUUCAUAGACUUAAGAACUUUAUACGAAGAUAAAAGCAAAGCGGAAACGAUAGAAAAGUUAAUAUUACAAUAUAUAGAUAAUUUAAAGAAAUGUGAACGUUUCUCACCCGAAGAUAAUGAAAAGUCUCCGGCGAGUGCGUUAUUGUGGUCAUAUUACUACGCGGCGCAGCACUUCGACCACAAGAUGGACACGGACAGAGCACUGCAGUAUAUAGAUGCGGCGAUAGAACAUACGCCAACGCUCAUAGAAUUAUUUAUUAUUAAAGGGAAAAUAUACAAGCAUGCCGGUGAUCCAGUGCUGGCUUACAAGUGGCUGGAGGAAGCCCAGGCGAUGGACACAGCGGACCGCUACGUGAACAGCAAGUGUGCUCGGUAUAUGCUGCGUGCGGGACAUCUCAAGCGAGCUGAGGAUAUGUGCGCCAAGUUCACCAGGGAAGGCGUGCCGGCGACGGAGAACCUGAACGAGAUGCAGUGCAUGUGGUUCCAGACGGAGGCGGCGGCCGCCUACCAGCGCCUGCAGCAGUGGGGGGAGGCACUCAAGAAGGCGCACGAGGUCGACAGACACUUCUCCGAGAUAAUG